AUGCUACGAGGCUAUCCCCACAUUGGAAGGGACAACACUCGUCCCAGGUGUGAGGAAAGUGUCAGACCAGACGAUCCUACUUUUCAGUUGAUCAUCAAAAUUUGUGACCAAAUUCCAGAAACGCUGUUCUGUAUAGAAGUCUUAAAACAAAAUCUAUCUAGUCCAUCAACAGAUGCUCGAACUUUUGCUGAAAUAUCGAUCAAUCAAGUACUGACAAACGUUACCAAUACUUUAAGUGCCGUAAAAGAAGCAAAAUCUCAUGCAAGUAAGGAGGUUGCAGACCUUCUUACAAUUUGUGAAGAGGGUUAUACCGAAGCAUCUUCUUCGUACAAUGAUGCAUUGCGGGCACUUGCCAUCAAUGAUAGUUCUUCUGUGUUCUUGGAUAAAGAACAGUCUGAAAGGCCUAUAAAUGACUGCACAAAUAUCAUUAAUCCUGUGCUGCCUUAG